GUCAGCGGGACGCUCGGACCUCAGCAGGUGGAGGAAGGUCAGAGGUCAUCUGUUGGAGGGGGGGUGGAGCCUGGUGGCGUUCGUGUCGGGGCUGCUGUUGGCGUCUCUGUACGGAGUCACAGCUCUCUUCCUGCAGAAACAGCCUCUGUGGUCGUGCGUUUACACCACGCUGACCGUGUCCGUCCUGGCGGCGUUCGGUAUGGGACUGUCAGCCGGCGUCCGGGCCGACGUCUCGUUGCUGCUGCCUUCACUGUGCUCAGCUCGGGGCAAGAACUUCCUCCUCUUCCUGUUUGUGUCGGUGCUGCUGACUGGUCCUCUCAACAACACCUUAGAAAACACGGAGCGAGCUGCUGCCAGUCUGAUGUGUAGCGCCGAGCUGGCAGCCAAUCAGACACAGGAACUGAUGCAGAGGGCAGCCACGCCCCUUUUAUCUGCGUUAAACAGCAUCAGAGAGAUCAGCAGUAACGUUCACGCUGUAGCAGGACGAGUUCAGGACUUCAUCCACACUCUGACUGACAGCGUCCGCCAUGUUGCUCGCACUCUGAGGAACGUCCUCCACUUCCUGGUGGACAUCGGCGACGUGUGUAACGCCAAACUGGGCUCUCCGUACAGGAAGUGCCGGGCGGUGUUCGCCGAGGCUCGAGCCGACUGCUCCGACCUGCUGGGGGAGUUCAACUUCCUGUGUGACAUCGUGGAUGGCUUCCUGCCGCUCUGCGGCCUCGCCCGCGCCGGCGAGCUCUUCUGCACCAUCCCCUCCUACAUCGCCAGCCAUCUGAAGAAACGUCUGGCAGCUCCCACAGUUGCAGCGUUUGAGCGAAUGAAGCGGGAGUUUGACUUCAACAUCUCGGCCUCGGUGAGCUUUGACCUGGACACCAACAGCAGCCGCUCUCUGCAGCAGGUAGCUCAAGACAUCAUGGAGGAAGUUUCAUCAGAGCUGCAGGUGUUUCAGAAGCUGAGCGAACCGCUGGCGUACGGCGGCCUCGUCCUGCUCGCCUACUCCUUCCUGAAGGCGAUGAGGUACAGACGCAGGUAUCUUCGUGAGCUCGACUUUGAUAACGUCUUCAUCAGCGCUCAGUUCUUAGAGCUCAACCAACAGGUGACCUCAGGGGGCGGGGCCUCAGUCCUGCCAAUCACGGGCAGGGAGGCCAAGACCUACAUCACUCCACUGUCGUGUUACCUGAUGUCCCGGGAGCGGCGGGCGGUGAUGGUGGGCGUGGUCUCGGUCCUCAGACACCUGGUGAUGGGCGGCAUGCUGGUGGCGCUGGACUUCCUGGUGUUCUGGAUGCUGGAUCAGGUGCACCACCAGGUGAAGGGGGACGUUGUGGCCAGAGCCCCGGUCACGGUGGCGGUGCAGGUGAACGGAUCCGGUUACGCCUCAGACAUCUUCAGAGACGUCGUGGCUUCGUUUGACAUCCUGCAGCGAGAAAACGUCACCGUGAUCAGCAGGAAGUGUCUGCUGGAGCCGUCAGAGCCGGAUUACAUCACCUGCUUCACCCUGGGGUUCCUGCUGGGUCUGGCUCUGCUGGUCUCUCUGACCGGAGGAUUCAUGCAGCGCUGCAGACGACUCGUCUGUGCUGCUUAUUACCCAGAGAGAGAGCUGGAGAGGAUCCAGUUCCUCCGGCAGCAGAUCCUGGAUCAGAGGAGGGAGGUGGGGAGAGCCCUGAGGAGGUCUGCAGCCAAGAGCCGAGCUGACGGAGGAGGGUGUCUCAGGCUACCUGGAGGGGUUCACCUGUCUCACCUGCUGUGUCGGCCGUCAGUCAGCUGUCUGUCUUGCGGAGAGGUGGUGAGACAGGAGGACGACAUGGCCGCCUGUGACGUCCCACAGUGUCCAGGCGUGUACUGUCGGCCAUGUUUCCACAGUUUAGGAAACACGUGUGUCGUCUGCACGCGACCUCUGACCUUCCAGGAAGACGGCGAGGAGGAGCUUGACUCCAGUGAUGACGAGCAGCCGAACUCAAAGAGGAAGAACAUCGGGGCAACGAGCCGAAGACGCUGGAACGGCGGAAUGAGAGCGAGGACGGUCGAGGACGGAGAAGAGAGCGACAUCAGUGUCGACUCUGAGCUCAGUGAAGCAGACAUGACGUACCAGAACCAACCCGGGUCGGACGACAGCGACUCCUCCUUCUGCUCCGCCGGCACGCCGAAAACCAGCAGCCUGCAGGACCAGAGUCUUCAAACCGUCGUCAUACACGGACCGGACUGUCUUUAGGAGAUCCCAGGAUCCUCCAGAACCCUCCAGGACCU